UAAUAAGCCCCUACAGGAACACUGCAGGAUUUUUUUUCAAUGGGGCGGCUGACAGCCUACUACUCCUCAUAUGAGUGUGACUCUUACUUGGUCGGCUCUAGGACCCGGGAGAGCAGGCUGCCACAGAGUCAUUGCAGACAGCGCGUUUGGGAGGUGUAGUGGAAGAAAGGCAAAGAAACGGAGUAAAUGAGAGCACUUUUGUCCAGAUUGUUGAAGGACUUCUCAACUUAAUUUACCGCCGAAACAGCUCACUAUAAUGAGACGGACACAUUGUUGAAUUCCUGUCCAGGGAACUUGAAAGAGGAACUUGGCACAGUGUAGUAGAACACACUAGUACUGGUUCCAUUGUGGCAUUUGAACACAAACCAGGCGUCGCUUCAGGGCUCUGUUUACCAGCAACAGGUUACCACCAUUGAGAAGGCGGCUGUAAACCCCAGGACCCCGUCUCCAGGCUCCUGCACAGGGCUACGUGAAGGAAACUUAGGAAACAAAGCGGUGUCUCACCCUGUGGGAAACCUGGAUCCUCCACCCUGCCCACCAACAUGACCAAUGUGGUGAUUGUCAAGGAGGGAUGGCUGCAUAAAAGAGGAGAAUACAUCAAGACCUGGAGGCCAAGGUAUUUUCUCCUGAAGAGUGAUGGUACAUUCAUUGGCUACAAAGAGCGGCCGCAAGAUGUUGACCAGCUGGAAACCCCCUUAAAUAACUUCUCUGUCGCACAGUGCCAGCUGAUGAAGACGGAACGGCCCAAGCCCAACACAUUUAUCAUCCGCUGCCUGCAGUGGACCACUGUCAUCGAGCGCACCUUCCACGUGGAGACCCCCGAGGAAAGGGAAGAAUGGACUAAAGCCAUCCAAGCAGUGGCUGAAGGCCUACAGAAACAAGAGGAGGAGAUGAUGGACUCCUCUCCAGACCCCAUGGACAUGGAGGUCUACCUGACCAAAAUCAGACACAAAGUGACUAUGCACGACUUUGAAUACCUCAAACUCCUGGGAAAAGGCACUUUUGGCAAAGUUAUCCUGGUAAAGGAGAAGGCCACAGGACGCUACUACGCCAUGAAGAUCCUAAAGAAGGAGGUGAUCGUAGCAAAAGAUGAAGUGGCGCACACACUCACAGAGAACAGAGUCCUCCAGAAUUCAAAGCAUCCGUUCUUGACAGGACUGAAAUACUCCUUCCAGACACAUGACCGCCUGUGCUUUGUCAUGGAAUAUGCAAACGGCGGUGAGCUUUUCUUCCAUCUGUCAAGGGACCGUGUGUUCUCAGAGGAGCGGGCUCGGUUCUACGGUGCAGAGAUAGUGUCAGCGCUGGACUACCUGCAUGCUGAAAGAAACGUGGUCUAUAGAGAUCUAAAGCUUGAAAACCUCAUGCUGGACAAAGAUGGCCACAUAAAGAUCACAGAUUUUGGCCUAUGUAAGGAGGGGAUCAAAGAUGGCGCUACCAUGAAAACAUUUUGUGGUACACCAGAGUACCUAGCACCUGAGGUGCUAGAAGACAACGACUACGGCCGUGCAGUGGACUGGUGGGGUCUGGGGGUGGUGAUGUACGAGAUGAUGUGCGGCAGACUGCCUUUCUACAACCAGGACCACGAGAAGCUGUUCGAGCUCAUCCUCAUGGAAGACAUCCGCUUUCCCCGAACACUCGGUCCAGAGGGACGCUCACUGCUCUCCGGCCUUCUUAAGAAAGACCCAAUGCAGAGGUUAGGUGGAGGGCCGGACGAUGCCAAGGAAAUCAUGCAGCACAAGUUCUUCGCAGGAAUUGAAUGGCAAGAUGUUUAUGAGAAGAAGCUGGUCCCGCCGUUUAAGCCCCAAGUUACCUCGGAGACGGACACACGAUAUUUUGACGAGGAGUUCACAGCACAGACCAUCACUAUUACGCCACCCGGACAAGAUGACAGCAUGGAGUCAUUUGACAGCGAGCGGAGACCCCACUUCCCCCAGUUCUCCUACUCCGCCAGUGGGACGGCCUAAACGACUCUGCUACAUUCUUUUGGUCCCACCAUCUCCCCUCACCCCACCCGACUGCACUCUCGAAAGACCAGGGACCGCUGCCCCGUCCUCCCAGCAUUGUCUGCAGAUGCCGUUGGUGGAUGUAACAUUUACAUUCUGCAAGUUGUGUUUUCCAGGAAGGAGGAAAUUCAAGACAAAACAAAAAUAGCUGUGGUUGUUCUGCAAGGCCUUUUUUGAAGACUGACCACAGAGAGAGAGAGAGAGAGUUAACACUACUCUGUAUUUCCUGGUUGUUAUGUUGUAUACUGAGCAGGCAUCCAUACAUCAUAAUGAAUGGGAAAAUGUAGUUAUGCUAUGCACAAAUUGGGCCACUGAUGUGAAUUUUGAAAAGGGCCAUUUUGUAUUGAAAAUAUACAACUGAAUAUCGAUCAACCAUUUCAAAUAGGAAUAGGCAUACUGUGGACCAAAAACAUGUGAGCAGAAAGUGUGUUGUUUUGUUGAGUGGGUAAUAAAUCCAUGUUUUCCUCUCUACGACUUCUGAACAACUCAAGUACCAUUCAGACUUCAGGACAUUUUUUGGGCUUCAAAAGUGAAUGUACCGUAUCAAAUAAAGUCAAACUUUCUGCAUA